GGCCUCCGAUGCGGCACAGCGUGAAGAGGCGGCGGCGCCGGCCCCCGGCCGCCCCGGCCGCGGCCGCCCGGGGCGUCGGCUUUAGGGAGGGAGGAGGGGCCGCGCUGGAGGCGCGGGAGGAGAAGGUGGUGUACUCGCGGUCGCAACUCUCGCUGGCCGACAGUACCAAGGCAUUGGGCGACGCCUUCAAGCUGUUCAUGCCCCGCAGCACGGAGUUCAUGAGCUCGGAUGCGGAGCUCUGGAGCUUCCUCUGCAGCCUCAAGCACCAGUUCUCCCCGCAUAUCCUGCGCAGCAAGGACGUCUACGGCUACUCUUCCUGCCGGGCCCUGGUCCCCGACCUUCCGGGACCCCCUGCCGCCCGCGGCCCGACGCGCAGGCCGAUCUUGAGCGCGGCGGCCAGGAGGAGGCGCCGCGGAGCCCGGGCGCCCGCCGCCCGCCGGAGGAAGCCCCCGCCGCCGCCGCCGUUGCCGCCGGCCCCCGGGGAGAGCCGCCCCGCCAAGCCCGCGGCGCCCGGGCCCUGCUUCGGGGGCCGCACCCUGGAGGAGAUCUGGAGGGCGGCCACCCCGACGCUGACCACCUUCCCCACCAUCCGCGUCGGCGGCGACGUGUGGGGCGAGCGCAGCCUGGCGGCGGCGCGGCGUAAGGCGCACCAAAUCCUGCGAGUGAAUCUGGAACCCGUGGUGAGGCUCCGCCGCUUCCCGGUGCCCCGGGCGUGAGCCGC